AUGCAGGGUGUUGUUUUUGUCGCUGUCUGCGUAAUUGGCCAGAUAUACGCGGCUACUACUGUCAAACCUCACCACCACGCACAUGAGUCCAACGAAUUAGAUCCCACACUUUUUUACUACGAUGCCGCUUCCAAUUACCUGGUUAUGAAACUGGCAGACAACUGCUAUCUGGAGAAAUUUUCUACACACCAUGGUAUUAACGUGCACACGGAGGAAGGCCUUCUAGCAGCUGAGACAAGACUGAUGUUUUUGGUAUCUAAAGGAACAAAGCACCCUAUGUCCCACGACCAGGUCAAUCAUUUAAGUCAACAUGUUGAGCAUAUGUGUGCAGGCGCCUCCGUCUAUACCGUAUCUGGAGCACAUCACCACCACACUACAACAAUGGCUCCAAUGAUCUAG